AUGGAUUCUUCAAAUUUACAAUGCGGACAUCUGGUCUCACCAGGCCCGAUGAAUUUCGUUCUAUCCAUCUUAAUCGUGCUGGGGAUCCUCGUCUCCUACCUGCCACAAUUAAUCCGUAUUGCUACGUUGAGGAGCUCCUUCGGAAUAUCGCCAUAUUUCGUGUUAUUGGGAACAACUUCAGGCACCUUCGCUUUGGCAAACAUGGUGUCGCAGCGGCAGAGCCUGCAAGACGUUGCAUGCUGCAAGGAUGUCAGCGGGCUGUCGUGUUUUGCAGGACUGCUGGGAAUCCUGCAGAUCGCAACACAGAUGCUGAGUUUCUUCGCGAUACUUACUCUCUUCGUCAUAUUCUUCCCGCGGGAACGACAAACGAACACCAGCUCGGUGACGCAGAAGGAAGAACCUACAUACCGGACCGCACUGGUUGUGGCCGGAAUUUGUGCCGUCCAUGCGGCAGUGAUGCUUAUUGUCACCCUCGCUGUUGGCUUCAGGCAGCCAUUCUCACUCCAAUCCUGGUCGAAUUUCUGUGGCGUCACGGCCGCCAUCCUCUCUUCCAUUCAGUACUUCCCUCAAAUUUACACCACUCUUAGGUUGCGUUGCGUAGGCAGUUUGAGCAUACCCAUGAUGUGCAUUCAAACCCCGGGUGCCCUGGUUUGGGCAGGUAGUUUGGCAGCACGGCUGGGUAGCAAGGGCUGGAGUACGUGGGGCAUCCUAAUCGUUACGGCAUGCUUACAGGGCACACUCCUUGUUCUAUCAGUGUUCUUUGAGUACCUUGGCCCCAAUAAGGGACAUAGCCACGACUAUAACAAGGAUACUCCCCCGAGCCGAUCUGGCGAAAGUAACGAUACCCAAGAUGAAGAAGGUCCAUACGAAGAAACGCCCCUCCUCCAAGACAGUCACUGA